GCUGCCGCCCGGGGUGCCCCGCCAGCCCCGGGGCGGCGGGGCCGGGGCGCCCCUUGUUGUCGCAGCGCCCUAGCGCUGAGCGCUGAGCCCUGAGCGCGGCCGCCAGCGCCCCCCGAAGCGGCGUGGAUGAUCCGCGACCUGAGCAAGAUGUACCCGCAGACCCGGCACCCGGCUCCGCACCAGCCAGCGCAGCCCUUUAAAUUCACCAUCUCCGAGUCCUGCGAUCGGAUUAAGGAGGAGUUCCAGUUUCUGCAGGCGCAGUACCACAGUUUAAAGCUAGAAUGUGAGAAGCUGGCCAGCGAGAAGACAGAGAUGCAGCGGCAUUAUGUCAUGUAUUAUGAGAUGUCCUAUGGGCUGAAUAUAGAAAUGCAUAAACAGGCAGAAAUUGUGAAGAGGCUGAACGCUAUAUGUGCACAAGUCAUUCCCUUCCUGUCCCAAGAGCACCAGCAACAAGUGGUGCAGGCUGUGGAGCGUGCCAAGCAAGUGACCAUGGCAGAACUGAACGCAAUCAUUGGGCAGCAACAACUCCAGGCCCAGCAUUUGUCACAUGGACAUGGUCUCCCUGUACCUCUGACUCCGCACCCUUCGGGCUUGCAGCCUCCAGCCAUCCCGCCCAUUGGCAGCAGUGCUGGCCUUCUGGCACUGUCUAGUGCUCUGGGAGGGCAGUCACACCUCCCAAUCAAGGAUGAAAAAAAGCACCAUGAUAAUGAUCACCAAAGAGACAGAGACUCCAUCAAGAGCUCUUCUGUAUCUCCCUCAGCCAGUUUCAGAACAGCAGAAAAGCACAGAAAUUCGACAGAUUAUUCUUCAGAGAGUAAAAAACAGAAAACAGAAGAGAAGGAAAUAGCAGCUCGUUAUGACAGUGAUGGUGAAAAGAGUGAUGACAACUUGGUAGUUGAUGUUUCCAAUGAGGAUCCUUCCUCUCCACGGGGGAGCCCAGCACACUCUCCAAGGGAGAAUGGCUUGGACAAGACUCGACUGCUGAAGAAAGAUGCGCCAAUUAGUCCAGCGUCUAUUGCAUCCUCCAGCAGUACUCCUUCCUCUAAAUCCAAAGAACUUAGCCUUAAUGAGAAAUCUACUACUCCUGUAUCUAAAUCAAAUACCCCAACUCCACGGACUGAUGCACCAACUCCAGGCAGCAACUCCACUCCCGGACUGAGGCCCGUGCCAGGCAAACCUCCAGGUGUGGACCCACUAGCUUCAGGUUUAAGGACACCUAUGGCAGUGCCGUGUCCCUAUCCAACUCCAUUUGGUAUUGUGCCACAUGCUGGUAUGAAUGGAGAACUGACCAGUCCUGGAGCUGCCUAUGCUGGUCUACACAACAUUUCCCCUCAGAUGAGUGCAGCAGCUGCAGCGGCUGCAGCAGCUGCAGCUUAUGGGAGAUCUCCAGUGGUUGGUUUUGAUCCACAUCAUCACAUGCGAGUCCCAGGCAUCCCUCCCAAUCUCACGGGCAUCCCUGGAGGAAAACCGGCAUACUCAUUUCAUGUAAGUGCAGAUGGCCAGAUGCAGCCUGUUCCUUUCCCUCCCGAUGCCCUCAUCGGUCCAGGAAUCCCUCGCCAUGCCCGUCAAAUCAACACUCUGAACCAUGGGGAAGUUGUGUGUGCAGUUACCAUCAGCAACCCCACGAGACAUGUGUACACGGGUGGCAAGGGGUGUGUCAAAGUCUGGGAUAUCAGCCACCCUGGCAACAAGAGCCCUGUCUCUCAGCUCGACUGCCUGAACAGAGAUAACUACAUCCGUUCCUGCAGAUUGCUCCCUGACGGCCGCACCCUGAUUGUUGGUGGAGAAGCCAGCACGUUAUCCAUUUGGGACCUGGCAGCUCCAACUCCACGCAUUAAAGCGGAGCUGACAUCUUCUGCUCCAGCUUGCUAUGCCCUAGCGAUCAGCCCCGAUUCCAAGGUCUGCUUCUCUUGCUGUAGUGAUGGGAAUAUUGCAGUGUGGGAUCUGCAUAACCAGACUUUGGUGAGACAAUUUCAGGGUCACACAGAUGGAGCCAGCUGCAUUGACAUUUCUAAUGAUGGAACCAAGCUUUGGACAGGAGGCUUGGACAACACAGUCAGAUCCUGGGACCUGAGAGAAGGGAGACAGCUACAGCAACAUGAUUUCACAUCACAGAUCUUCUCGCUGGGCUAUUGUCCAACUGGUGAAUGGUUGGCAGUAGGAAUGGAGAACAGUAAUGUCGAAGUGCUGCAUGUUACUAAACCGGACAAGUAUCAGCUACAUCUUCAUGAGAGCUGUGUGUUGUCACUCAAAUUUGCUCACUGUGGCAAAUGGUUUGUAAGCACUGGAAAAGAUAAUCUUCUUAAUGCCUGGAGAACACCUUAUGGAGCCAGUAUAUUCCAGUCCAAAGAAUCCUCAUCCGUGCUUAGCUGUGAUAUCUCUGUGGAUGACAAGUACAUUGUCACUGGCUCUGGGGACAAGAAAGCUACAGUCUAUGAAGUUAUUUAUUAGAGACAAAUCUAAACGCAGGCAGAACUCCUUCUCCUAGCACUUUGCUGUAUUUCUUUUUUUUUUUUUUUUUUUUUUUUCUUUUUUUCCUUUUCUAAACUAAGAACUUAAAUGCUCAUCGCAGUUGUGGAAUUUAUUUUGACCUUCUUAAAUUGCUAUUGAUUUGUGAAUGCUCAUUAAGAACUUGUGAUACCAAACUGUCAGAUAGCUAUUUGGGAGAAGAUUGAAUAAGCAUACUUAACAGUGAACCUGACUCUUUAAUUAUGUAUGAUAGCUGUAAUGUAUUUAUUUUGUGUAAAGAAGGCUUUCUAACAAUGAACUGACUAAAUAAAGCUGUCUGGCCCGGCUUUAGUUUAAAAGGUGCAUUGAAUACUUUGCUUUUUUGCUAGUGGAUAAAUUGGGGAUUUUGGAGAAGGAUGUUCAGGAGAUAGUGAAAGCUACACUAAAUAGGCUUGUAGUUUCUAUUUAAAAAAAAAAAAAAAAAAAAAAAAAAAAAAGAAACAAAACCAACAAAAAAAACUUUGUUAUAUUUUUUAGUCCUGUUCUUGGAUAAGACCUCUAAGUGUUAUUACAGUAUAAUUAUUUGGUGGGAAGAUGCUGUAACUUAACUAUUUUAGACAGUCUUGGAAACUUAGGAAAUUGCAAACUGUAGCCAGUAAUCUACAUGCCUGUGAUGAAUGGCAAAUUCAGUUCACAUCUAAAAUAAAUUCACUUUAAGUAAGAAUGUGCUAAUUUAUAUAUUUGCAAUGUUAAUAUAGCAUCCUGUGUACAGAUUUGUUCUCAAUGCUUUUUUGUUGAUGAACAUAAAGCAUUUUGGUGUCAAGCUAGGUUUUUUAAUAUAAACACCUCUCUUUGUUAUAUUGUAGAGAGUACAAUAAGUUGCCUCAAAGAAUCACCUUUGUAACUUCUGGAAACUUUUGCAACGUUUCCUUGAAAAUGGGGAUAUGUGUCUUUGGGCAAUUUUUCAAUUACAAGAGAUUAUGAAAAAUAUUUGAUAUGUUCUUUGGAAACUGCACUGAAAUAAAAAUGGAUGCCUACCAAUAUACAAACUACAAAAGCAAUGACCUCUAAGGUAGGAUUUACAAGAGCACUCAUUCCGACAUAUAAAAAGGAAUGGAUUCUCACUUGGGAAAAGGACUUGUUUUGUUUGCCAGCAGUUCAAUCCAAGUCUCAAUUGGAUGUCCCUAAAAUGGACGUAGACUGAGCCAUUGUGCCAGAGACAUGUUAUCUUUUUUUGUUGUUGUUGUUGCUGUUAAACUAUGAUCUGUGACUUUUUUUUUUUUUUUUUUUUUUUU